AUGGAGACGAACGAUGACUUUUCUAACCUAAUCGGUUCGGUUUACCGAAAUGGUGACCUGAUUUUCUCACCGGAUGGGAACUCGGUGAUUAGUCCUGUUGGGAACAAACUUUCGGUUUUCGAUCUGAAGAACAAUGUGUCGAAAACGUUGUCCUUUGACUGUUUACACAACAUUAUGUCUGUGGCAAUAAAUAACACAGGGUCGCAUAUGAUCCGUUUUGUUUACUGCUUAUUCAGAAAUUUUGGACCUUUUCCUUGCUAUCUUCAGUUCUCACCAGAUGGAAACUUCAUUGCAAUAUGUCGUGACAUGGAUUUGCAAAUUCAGGAAAUUGGAAAACAAUCGCCUUCAAUGUACUAUCCGUUCUACCUUUCGAAAACGUACCAUUUGUCAUCAGAAACCUUAAAUUGUGUGGACUGGUCCAAUGAUGGUUGUCUACUUGUCGCCGGAGGAGAGGAUAAUAUUGUUCGCGUGGUAGGCUCUCGUGAGUAUCGUAAUCUCUUCAUUCAUUCGUUGGCUGCUCAUCGAGGAUCAAUAGUCAUGUGCCAGUUCAUAAAUUGUAGUUAUGAUGUAAUUUCCGUCUGUAAACGUGGCAUUGCUAAUGUAUGGACUGCAUCUAUUCAGCCUGGAGAUUUAGUGGAAGGAAAGUGGACGAAGGAGGAAGACGAAGUAGGUGGUGAUGAAAUGGUUACGAGGCUGUACUAUGAGAAGACUAAACGAUACUCUCUUUUGGAGUCGUCUGGUAGCGGCAAAUCUGGUAUAGAUGUGACAUCUUGCCGUAUACACGUAAAGUCGAAUAUUUUGUUAACGGCUUUUUCAAAUGGCGUGUUCGUACUUCAUGAGGUGCCAUCAUUUGCACUGAUACAUAAUUUAAGAGUGUCGGAACUGCAGAUAAGCAGUGUAGCGAUGAACAGUACAGGAGACUGGCUCGCACUGGGUUGUGGAAAGGGGUCGGCUGCUCAGUUAGUGGUAUGGGAAUGGCAAUCAGAAACUUAUGUGCUGAAGCAGCAAUCUCAUUCACAAAGGAUUUUAACGAUGCAGUACUCACCAGAUGGUUCAUUACUAGCUACGGGUGCAGAAGAUGGGAAGGUUAAAAUCUGGAGCGGACGUACAGCUUUCUGUACAGUGACGUUCGACGAGCAUACAUCUGCAGUAACGGGUGUUUGUUGGACGCAAAGUGGAAAAGCGAUUCUUAGCGCAUCACUUGAUGGCACAGUGCGUGCACAUGAUCUCAAGAGGUAUCGCAAUUUUCGUACCAUGGCUUGCCCAGAACCAACACAACUUGGAAGCUUGGCGGUUGAUCAGUCUGGUGAUAUUGUUGUAGCAGCAGCUAAAGAAGUCUUUAGUAUUUUCUUGUGGAGUAUGGAGAACGGAUCGUUAUUAGAUAUUUUUAGUGGUCAUCGGUCAAAUAUUGCUAGUAUUAGUAUGCAUGGUAACAUCCUUGCUAGUGUUUCUUGGGAUCGAACACUGAAGAUGUGGAAUAUUGUGGACUCGUCUUGUGAAACUACCGUACUCCCACAAGAAGGCUUAUCCGUAGCAUUUUCUCCAUGUGGACAACUAGUAGCUGUUCUCACAGUGGAUUCGAAUAUAACACUAUAUCACGGGAAAGAUAUGGGAUUUAUCGGUACUAUCGAUGCAAAAUUGGAUCUCGAUCCUUCAAGAGGGCAAACUGAUUUGAUCACACGACAAAAUGCGGCACAAAACAAAUCGUUCACUUGCAUGCAGUUCUCACCUGACAGUGCAUUGCUGCUGUUAGGUGGUGAUUCGAACAAUUUUUGCUUAUAUUCACUCCGGGACCGAAUUCUCGUCAAAAAAUUCAAGAUUACUGAGAACCGUAGCCUCGAUGGAGUUGUGCUGGAUGUAAAUCGCCGUAAUUUCACUGAGUUCGGCAACAUGGCACUUUGCGACACUAGCGACUCAGAGACGGAACCUGAUGGAAGGCGAGCUAUUCGACUGCCAGGAUCGAAACAUUUCGAUCUAGGAGAGCGGAGUGCUCGACCACAAGUUGCAGUUUACGCGGUAGCGUUUUGUCCAACUGGACGGAGAUUUGCCGUAUGCAGUACAGAAGGUGUUGGUGUAUACUCAUUGGAUAUGGAUGGGAUCUUUGAUCCAUUCCAACUGGACAUUGAAACAACACCAGCGAUGAUUAGAAGCCGUUCAUGCUUGAUUUGUAUAUUUAUUAAUUUACGAGCUAUUUCCUUAUGUGAUUAUUCAACGGCUCUUAUGGCGAGUUUACGAUUGAACGAUUCAUCAUUGAUAAAGAAGACGAUGGAAAGCACAGAGGUUCAUCAGAUCGAGUUAGUUGUACAAGCGCUACCACUGCCGUAUGUUGAGAAAUUGCUAAAGUGGAUCGCUGACGGUCAGGUGGUUGCAAGUUCAAUACAUGUGCAUUUUUAUAUGAUUUGGUUGAGACAUAUUCUAUACAUUCACGGGAUGCGCCUGAAAGGACAGACCGAUGUGACAAUACUAACAGGAAUCCAGCAAAUUGUGGCUCAUCAUAGUCAAUUAAUUUCGAAAUUGUAUGUUAAUAAACAUUUUGCCUUAAAGCUAUACAUCUAA